AGGCUUGGGAUAGGCUUCACUGUUGAGGCAGAGGAAGAUGGACCCCUCCUCCUCCGCCUCGAGUGGCAGUGACCCCACGACCCCUGCGCGACCUGCCACUGACGGGGGGCCACGAUGCCUGCGCUCCGGAAGCACCUGGAGGCCCUCAGCGUCUUCCAGUGGGUGCUCACCUUCCUCUUCUUCGGUCUCUUCUUCUCGGCGCUGCUCCUCUUCCUGCUCUUCACCUCCUUCUGGCCCGUCUCCGUCCUCUACUUCGCCUGGUGGGCCGCGGACUGGGGGACCCCCGAGAGAGGCGGCCGCCGGAGCGACUGGAUGCGGCGCUGGAGGAUCUGGGAGCUGCAUCGGGACUACUUCCCCAUCAAGCUGGUGAAGACGGCGGAGCUGCCGGCGUCGCGGAACUUCGUGGUGGGCGCGCACCCGCACGGGAUCAUCUGCGCGGGCGCGUUCUCGGCCUUCUGCACGGAGGCCACGGGCUUCUCGCGCCUCUUCCCGGGAGUCCGCCCGCACCUGGCGCUCCUGGCCGGGCUCUUCCACCUCCCCGUCUACCGCGAGUACAUGAUGAGCUCCGGUGAGCGGCAGCGGGCAGUGCGCAUGCGCGGGGAGGGAAGGGAGCGGAGGGCAGGAAGGAAGGAAGGA